AUGAAGCUCUCCAGUCUUACACCUCUCGCCCUGGCUCUCACAGCCACCGCCCAAGCCUCCUACAUCAACUACACCACCGUGACCGGCUACUUCCUCCAAGACGAGGACUCCACCGAUGCAUCCACCUUCGACUAUACAACCACCAACUUCGGCCUCAUCAACCGCACCUACCCCUCCGACAACACCCACAACCACCACCAAGACCUAACCCAAUGGGAACGCUUCUACCACUACGUCCUCUCCCUAAACCACAACUCCCCCUCCAACGUCGCAUACAAAGUCCUCUUCCUCGGCCGCCACGGUGAAGGAUACCACAACGCCGCGGAAGAUUACUACGGCACGCCUGCUUGGAAUUGCUACUGGUCCCUCCUAACCGGCAACGGAACCACCACCUGGCUGGACGCAGACCUCACCCCGACAGGGAUCCAACAAGCGCAAAUCGCGCACGAUUUCUGGAACAUCCAGAUAAGCGCGCAGCGCAUCCACACACCGGAUAGUUACUUCGUUAGCCCACUGCUUCGGGCGCUCCGCACAGCGAAUAUCACAUUCUCGGACCUAUCCUUGGGAACUCCAUUCAUCCCAGAAAUAAAGGAAUUCUUCCGGGAGAGUAUAUCCAUUCAUACGUGCGAUCAUCGUCACAACGCAAGUCACAUCCAUUCCGUGUUCCCUACAUGGCCCUUCGAGAAGGGGUUCGCUGAAGACGAUGAGUUAUGGAAUGGAGUGACUGGGGAGACGAGCGCGGCGCAGGAUGUGAGGAGUCGGAGGGCGUUGGAUGAUGUGUUUGGGGAGGAGAAGAAUGGGGUGUUUGUGAGUGUGACGAGUCAUUCCGGGGAGAUAGCGAGUUUGUUGAGGGUCGUUGGACAUAGGGUUUUUGGGCUCAGGACCGGUGCGGUGAUUCCUGUGCUGGUGAAGGGGGAGAUUGUGGGGGAUAGUGAGGUUGAGCCAACGGUUACGGGGACGGUUUCUUGGACGACGAGUGCGCAUUGUACGGCGCCGCCGGUUACUUCUGUUAGUUCGGGGUGCGUGUGUGCGUCUUCGGCAGCGCCGGUGACAACGCCGUUGGUGACGGUUGCUUAUUAG